UACAGUUAUGGGCAAAGGGCCGCGGGGUCGAGGCGCGGCAGCAGCAAGCAGAGACAAGACAAGUGAGAGCGAGGAGGAGGCUCCAUUUCCCGCCUACGACCCCACGGAAUGGGAUCUCUCGCGCAGCAGCGCCCUCGCGCUCAGGCCUGGCGCAGUGCGUUCUUACGCGUGCGCGCAAUGGCGCGCUCCUCUUUCUGCCCCCUCCCCACUGCCAUGGUUCUCCGCCCCGUGGGACGGGAACGCGCCGCUCCCCUGCGCCGCCGGUACCCGGCGGCGGUGCCCCUCACACGUUCUGGGCCGUGAGCGGCGGGCGGGGGCUGCCAUGACGGCUGGGGCGAGGGGGCCGGCCGUGAGGCCUACGCGGCGAUAGGGCGGUGGGUGUGUCUUGCCACCGCCUGCAGCAGCCCCCUGAUUUGGGUCACUUUUCCCUCAGGUCUUAGAGGUGCAGUCAAAUCGGAGCGGGAGUUGAAACUGCACCCCACUUUGUUAUUUGCUGUGGCUGCUUAUGAGUCGGCCACAGAUCUCCUGAAUUUCACAGAGUCAGUCCGGUCAGCAUGUUUAAAAUAGCCAGUUUGCAAGGCCUGUUUGUCCGGUGUGGAAGUUGAGCAACAUUUCUUCUCAACCCGGGUCAGAAUUUUAUUUAUCCUUUCCUUCAGUUCAUACAAUUUCUUGCUUUUGACUAUGUUACUGAUCUCCGAGAGCGACUUCUUGCUUACCAAUUUCUUAGUAUCUCAGCAUUUUGUUCAUCUUUUUCCUUUCUUUGUUAUUUUUGUAGUCUUUGACACUGUAAUAGGUUGCUUCCAUUAAUUAUUUUUAUUCUUUUAAAUAUUUUUACUCGAAUCUCCCUUGACUAUCGAACUACUUCUAUGCCCUAUUCUUAAUAUUUAAAUUGAUCUUCUGUCUUCCUUAAGCAGUCCAAGUCAAACUUAAUGGGUUUAAAUGGGUUAGAGGUGAAAAACCUGCCUCUCAAGCUUCCUGGCUUUUCCCCUCCUUCCAAUCUCCUUGAAAGAUCUUAUGCUGUUAGAAAGCAUAUCAUUAAUAAAAAGCAAUAUUUUUCAGGGUAUAAACUUCAGGUUGUUUAUUGUGGAGUGCAGAAUCUGCUUAUUAUGAAAAGCAGUAAGUAAGCUUGAGAAGAGAAACAGAAUUGUUUAGGUUGGUAAAGUCCAACCGUAAACUUAGCACUGCCAAGUCCACCAGUAAACCAAGUACCUAUGUUUCACAUCUACACAUCUUUUAAAUACCUCCAGGGAUGGUGACUCAACCAAUUCCCCAGGCAGCCUGGUCCAAUGCUUGACAACACUUUCGGUGAAGAAAUUUUUCCUAAUAUCCAAUCUAAACCUCCCCUGGCUCAACUUGAGGCUAUUUCCUCUUGUCAUAUCGCUUGUUACUUGGGAGACCAACACCCUCCUUUCAGGUAGUUGUAGAAAGUGAUAAGGUCUCCCCUGAGCCUCAUUUUCUCCAGGCUAAACAACCCCAGUUCCUUCAGCUGCACCUCAUAGUACUCAUGUUCUAGACCCUUCACCAGCUUUGUUCUCUUCAGUAUUCAUUGAACCAUAAUAAUGCAUAUCUAUUUGCGUUAUAAGAUUGCAAAUUCCAAGAGUAAAUUUGGUUGAAAAUAAUUUUUUCCAAGUUUUAUUUUAACUUCAAGGUAGUGCCUGAUUAGAAGGCAGCUUUUUUUGUCUUUUCUAGUAUGAAUGACCCAUUUUACAUGUUUGUGACUACAAGACAUAUCUGCCAGAUAGCUAGCCAGGGAAACAAAUAACAUAAAAAGAAGUACAUGCAGAAAAAUCAGUGGAAUCUUAUAUAUACACAUUAAAAAAAAUAAUUGUUUCUGUGACAAAAAUAUGAAAGGGACUUCUCUAGCCUGAGUGGGCAGAGACUAAUUGUAGAUGAUUACUGUAGCAAAGUAUAGUGCUGGAGUCACUACUAAGGGUUCUUUUAAAAAGGAAAAGAAAAAUUAAUCCCAGGUCUUAUUAUUGCUCUCACUGUUUUCUCUUCCAUUCCUGAAACCUCCAUCACAUAAAAUAGGUGUGCAGUUAUUAAUGUUCUCCAUCAUUUAUGUCUGGAGGAGCUUACCUCCUUUUUCAUCUUUUCUGCCUUCUGCUCCAUCCUCCAAGAAAUUAAUUUGUGUCUGUGUUGUUCCAUUUUUGCAAUCUUUGCAUUAUCCUUUGUUGUCUAUUUGUAAUAUUGUCCCAGUUACUGACAGGUCUGUAUGCGAAGGCUUUGAGGCUCCAUUAUCAUGUACUUGAGAUUUAUUGAUCGUGGGUGUAAUGUAGUAGUAUCCAUCAGCAUUUACUGAAGCUGCAAACAUCUUUAGUAGGGAUCAGUGUAAUAGAAAGCACAGAUUAUGUUGGAAGUGAGAUUUUCUUUGCUGUUGAAAAAUUCUUCUUGGAAUCUGGCUAUCUCUUUUCUGUUUGCUGCUUUCUUAUUAGCAACCUGGUCCCUCAUCCCAUGCUUUCAUUUCCAACUCACCUCCACAUGCACUUGCCCAUAGAGCUCUUAAGGGACUUGUAUCCUCUCUAUUUCUGCUGUCCUUUUGCCCCCACAUUUUUUUUCCCAAUCUCAACCUUUUCCUAUGUCUGACCUCCAACAGGUAAAAGUUGUUCCUGUACUGGCAGUGACAGUGAUAGUUUAAGGAUGGAAUUGCUUAUCUACACCUUGUAAUCCAAGCAGAAUCACAGUCUGAUGUUAACAGUCCACAGGGGUUGCUGCUGAAUAAAUUGGAAUACUGGGAGCUCUGCUCAUUGAAGCCACUCUCAUCUUGAGUAUGUGAGAAAGAGAGAGAAAGAGAAACCCUGCAGAUUUUUUUUUUUUUUUAAAUCCAAACAACCAAAACCAGAGGAUGAUGUCCUUACCCUAGAGAGGUGUUUAUUAGGUUAAAUCCUGUAUUUAUGAGCUAAGGAGAAAUAGAUCACUCUUUUUAUUCACGUUUCAUUUCUCCCUCAAAUAAAACAUGAUUCCUUUGAGUGGGAAGUGCUCUCUAAUCUUUCUCCUUCUCUAAUGUGAGCAGGAUAAAUUACCCUGACAACCACAAGACCCUGAAAUUUGCAGUCUCAUUCCUUUAGGCAGUGGUCACAAAACAGCAGAUAAACUGCACAUGUCUAUAGGUGGCUCACAUUUCAUCCGACUACAGAAUGCAGCAAUGGUGGAACUGCAGCUCCAGUAGGAGUGGCAAGGAAUUUCAGAAGCAAGUAGAAAUCAAUGUUCUGUCAAGAUACGGGGAAGAUGUUGCCUAAAAGGGUUCUCCUCUUUGACCACCCCCACUCCCCACCCCCACCCCCACUGCAUGAGAUUCAUCAUCUUCUGUUCACAGCAGUGAAAGAUGGAUGAGGCUUGACAUCACACAGAAGCCUUCCGGGAAUAACUGGAAAAUGUAUCUGAUGUGAGGUCACCCAAAGGGAGGACUGCAGGUAGGAAAUCUUUACUUCUGUUACCUAUGCUAAACUUAAGAGAAUGGAUGGACAUUCAUUCACUUAUGCUGUAUCUGCGAUUCCCUCAGCCAGGAACUGCCCAAGAAGUGGAGGAAUAGAACUUAGCCAUCUGGUUUAAGAAGCAGAAAACCAUGUCUCUUCCCCGACAGCUGCGAGAAAAGAGUGAUUUUGACCAGCUUCCAGAUGAUGUACCUGUUUCAGCUAACAUUGCAGAUAUUGAAGAGAAGAAAGGCUUUACUAGUUAUUACAUGUUUGUCAUUGAAGUAAAGGUUAAAGGUGGUGGCAGAUACCUGAUUUUCCGACGCUAUCGUCAGUUCUAUGCCUUGCACACCAAACUAGAGGAGAGAUAUGGGGCAGAGAGCAAGAAUAGCCCUUUUACCUGCACACUCCCCACAUUGCCAGGAAAAGUUUAUGUUGGGGCCAAAAAGGAAAUUGCUGAGAACAGGAUUCCUAUCCUAAAUGCCUACAUGAAGAACCUACUCUGCCUACCCAUUUGGGUGUUGAUGGAUGAAGAGGUACGACUGUUCUUCUACCACUCAACCUUUGAUAGUGAACAGGUGCCUCACAGAUUGAGACGGCUUCGCCCACGGACACGCCGAGUUAAAAGCAUUUCACCUCAAGUGCCUAUUUUUGACCGCAUGGCAACACCACGGGCUGAGGCACUGUUUGAUUUUUCUGGAACCAAUAAACUGGAACUCAGCUUCAAGAAGGGAGACUUGAUCUAUCUACUCAGCAGAGUAAACAAAGACUGGUUGGAGGGAACAGCUGAUGAUGCCACUGGGAUUUUCCCAUGUGCUUUUGUGAAGAUCAUAAAAGAUUUACCACAGCAGGAAGACACAGUUAAUAAAGUUCGCUGUUAUUACCAUGACGAGACUGUGAGCACUAUCAAGGAUAUCUCAGUGGAAGAGGAUCUGAGCAGCAUUCCAUCAUUCAAAGACCUCAUGGAAUUGAUGAGGCAGGAGUUUGACCAAGAUGACAUUGUUUUGAAUUACCGGGACCAUGAUGGUGAUCUGAUCCGGUUGCUCUCCGAUCAGGAUGUUGAACUCAUGGUGUCUCAGAGCAGAAAAAGGCCCUCUGAGAAACAUUUCUUUCCUUGGAAGUUGCACAUCACUCACAAAGAUGACUUGGGUGUCUACAACACUAGUCCAGGCAUAGAUGCUACUCAAACAGUAAGAGCAACAUAAGUGCUAUAUAGAGGUGUUCUGGUAGGUAACUAUACAGUCCUCUAAUCCCUUUAUCCAGACAUUUUCCUUUAACAGACCUUUGAAGUGAGCUUGAAAAGAGUAAUUUUCAGUAAUAUAUUACCUUUCAAUGUAAAAUCUGUACUUAUUUAGCUGCUUCAGCUUUUUAGCACCCCUCUGUAAUAGAAACACUCAGAGCAGAGAAAGUGAGGAACAGAGAAAUAAAAUCACUGGCCUUAUUCACAGAGCAAGUCAGCAUUAGCUUGCAAUAGAGGUUUAGUGUCCUGAGCCCCAAGACCUGCUCUAAUCUCUGUUCUUUCUCACAGAGCUAAUUAUUUGUCCAGAAUGUUUUUCUUAAGCUUUUUUCCUAAAUAGCCAUAAUUUUAUCUUCGCUUCCUGAUAUGAAGGUUUGUGUGCCAGUUCUUAGGAAUGCUUUAUUAUUUCUGUCACAUGGAAGUCUGGGCUUUCAGAGUUUGCUUGGGAAGCAUCAAGAAAACUUUUCAUAUUUCAGUGAAGAAACUGUAGCCCACCUUUGCUUUCUUCUUUCCACUGGCCGAUAUUUUGAAUUCAGUGAAUCAAACCUAGUACACAUGUAGUGUUCCUCAUAGAUGUUUUUGUAAUUGUACAGAAUACUUAUUUGUGCAUUCUGGAAAAAAAUUGUGAUGCUUAUUCAAAUAGCAAUUUCUUUUCUAUCUAUCUAUCUUCUGCUUUCUGACAUAUCAAAAAGUAGAACUAACAAGAAAUUACUGUAUCAGACUCUUCAUCAAAUAAAGUUGCAUAUGAGUUUAUUUUAUCAGUUUCUAUUAAAAAGAUUUUGUGGGGUGGUGAAUAAUUCAGCUCUUUUUUUUGGCUUGAAAGUAAGAUA